AUGGGCUUCCUGAGACCCCCUUCAAUUCCUCAUAUCAUGCCUAAGAAUAUCGCCAUUGUUGGAGCAGGGCCCUCUGGCCUUACACUUGCAGCUCUCCUACAACAUCACUCUAUUCCCUUCACCAUCUACGAGCGAGAGAAAUCAACUAGCUCUCGCUUUCAGGGAGGAUCUCUAGACCUUCAUCCAGACUCUGGUCAACGAGCUUUAUUUGAAGCUGGGUUACAGCAACAAUUCAACAAGUACGCCCGCUACUUUGACCAGGACUACCGUUUUGGAGACAAACACGCUGUGACGUGGCUGAAUCACCAGGCAACUCCUGAGGCAGAUGGACGUCCAGAAAUCGACCGUGCAAUGCUUCGCAAGAUUCUAAUAGAGUCUCUUGAUCCUAUGCAUAUCAAAUGGGAUCACUGCGUUUCAGCUGUAGUUCCGAUGGAUGACGGCCGCGUGAAAAUUGUGUUUGAUAGUCAACCAGAGCCAGUAGUGACUGACCUUCUUGUCGGCGCUGACGGAACUUGGUCCAGGGUUCGACCACUUCUCACGACUUGGAAGCCCGAGUACACUGGUCUUACAGUCAUUGACUGCCGUAUCUCAGACCUGAAUAAGAGAUUUCCAGAGAUCGGACAAUUCGUCGGCCGAGGAACCUAUUUUUGCCUUUCUGAAGGCAGCGGUAUCUUCAUGCAACGAAAUGGAGAUGGCAGCUUGCGCGUCUACCCUUGCUUGCGAGUUGAAGAGACCUGGGCAACAAGCGACCCAUCUUUUGACUGGAAUGAUCAAAAAAAGAUGACGGAACUUCUGAUUAACUCCUUCUUCUCAACCUGGGACCCUCGCCUUCAGGAUGUCAUUCGCAAUGUUGACUCAAGCAUGACUCCACGCGCCCAGUAUCGCAUGCCGCUAGGCCUACGUUACGACCACCGCCCAGGUUUGACCCUCAUUGGUGACUCUUUGCAUGUUAUGUCGUGGUUUGCCGGAGAGGGUGCAAACUUGGCAAUGCUAGAUGCCUUGGAUCUAUUUCACGAAUUACGUGCACAUCCCGAAGACUUGGAUUUUGCAGUGCGUAACUACGAGUCUACGGUUGUAGCCAGUGGACGAGCUGAUGUCACGAAUGAGAUGUCGCAAGAUUUACUUGUCAAAGCGAUGUCUGACGACUCUCCCCGAGCGUACAUCGAGGGUAUGGCCAAGGCAAUGGAUGAUUGGUUCGCGGAUGGGAAGUUACUCGACGGCAUGGACCGAGAGGCAUUGUUUGCUAAAUAA